CCAGCCCAGUCGUCUCCCCUAGCAACCAACCAACCAGGCUUGCAGCUCGUCGUGCUAUGACAUCACCGGCUCCUUAGCAGUCAGCUGCUGCAGUGGAGAGGGAGGGGAAGAGAGCGAGAAAGAGAGGGAAUUAGGGAGGGAGGGAGGAGAAAGACGAAGGGGGGGAGAAAAGACAGCUUGUCUCACACAUACACGCACACACAGCAAGUCUCUCCGAGGCUGUUCAAAACAUGGAGGCUGCUCCCGGAUAAGCAGUUCGCCUAGCGACGAGGAGCUAACACGCGGUGAGACAGCAAAAUUAGUUUAGCGACCGACUGUCAGUCAACCAUGGACGAUAUCUCAACCGAGGCUGAUCCCUAUCUACCCUACGACGGGGGAGGGGAUACCAUCGCCCUGCAGGAGCUGCCUAAAAGAGGAUCUAACUACGUCAUGUCUAACGGGGGCGGGGUGAUGAGUAGCACCACCCACCUGCUGGACUUCCUGGAGGAGCCCAUCCCAGGGGUCGGCACCUAUGAUGACUUCCACACCAUCGACUGGGUMCGGGAGAAGUGCAAGGACCGGGAACGCCACCGCAAGAUCAAUGCUAAGAAGAAGGAAUCAGCUUGGGAGUUUACCAAGAGCCUGUAUGAUGCCUGGUCUGGGUGGCUGGUGGUGACGCUGACAGGGCUGGCCUCAGGUGCUCUGGCUGGUCUAAUCGACAUCGCUGCUGAUUGGCUGAACGACAUCAAGGAGGGUGUGUGUCUGAAUGCCAUGUGGUUCAACCACGAGCAGUGYUGCUGGGGCUCCAACGAGACCACGUUCGCUGAGAGGGACAAGUGUCCUCAGUGGAAGAGCUGGGCGGGGCUCAUCCUGGGCCAGGAAGAGGGCCCUGGUUCCUACAUCAUGAACUACUUCAUGUACAUCUACUGGGCUUUGUCCUUCGCCUUCCUGGCCGUGUUACUGGUCAAGGUGUUCGCCCCUUACGCCUGUGGCUCCGGUAUACCUGAGAUAAAGACCAUUCUCAGUGGGUUCAUCAUCCGKGGUUACCUGGGGAAGUGGACCCUGCUGAUCAAGACGGUGACCCUGGUGCUGGCUGUAGCGUCUGGGCUGAGCCUGGGGAAGGAGGGACCCUUGGUCCACGUGGCCUGCUGUUGUGGAAACAUUUUCUCAUAUCUCUUCCCCAAGUACAGCAAGAACGAGGCCAAAAAGCGAGAGGUUCUAUCUGCAGCGUCAGCGGCUGGGGUSUCUGUCGCUUUCGGUGCUCCCAUAGGAGGAGUACUCUUCAGCUUGGAGGAGGUGAGCUACUACUUCCCUCUGAAGACCCUGUGGCGCUCCUUCUUCGCUGCAUUGGUGGCAGCCUUCGUCCUCCGCUCCAUCAACCCGUUUGGCAACAGCCGUCUGGUCCUGUUCUACGUGGAGUACCACACCCCCUGGUACCUGUUUGAGCUUAUCCCCUUCAUCCUGCUGGGGGUGUUUGGAGGCCUCUGGGGGGCCUUCUUCAUCAAGGCCAACAUCGCCUGGUGCCGAAGGAGGAAAUCCACCCGCUUCGGGAAGUACCCCAUCCUGGAGGUGAUCUUCGUGGCGGCCAUUACCGCGGUCGUGGCGUUCCCCAACCCGUACACGCGGCAGAACACCAGCGAGCUGAUUAAAGAGUUGUUUACCGACUGCGGACCCUUGGAGUCGUCCCAGCUGUGCCAGUACAGGAGUCAGAUGAACGGGAGCAAGGCGUUUGUGGACGCGUCUCCCAACAAGCCGGCGGGACCCGGGGUGUACGCAGCCAUUUGGCAGCUGUGCCUGGCGCUCAUCUUCAAGAUCAUCAUGACCAUCUUCACCUUCGGACUUAAGGUUCCUGCUGGCCUGUUCAUCCCCAGUAUGGCYAUCGGGGCGAUCGCCGGGCGUAUCGUUGGCAUCGCCGUGGAGCAGCUGGCGUACUACCACCACGACUGGUUAGUGUUCAGGGAGUGGUGCGAGGUAGGCACCGACUGCAUCACCCCGGGACUCUAUGCCAUGGUGGGGGCCGCCGCAUGUCUGGGUGGUGUCACGCGGAUGACCGUGUCUCUCGUGGUCAUCGUGUUUGAGCUGACGGGCGGCCUGGAGUACAUCGUGCCACUCAUGGCCGCCGUCAUGACCAGCAAGUGGGUGGGCGACGCCUUUGGGCGCGAGGGCAUCUACGAAUCACACAUCCGCCUGAACGGGUACCCCUUCCUCGACGCCAAGGAGGAGUUCACACACACAACGCUGGCGCGGGAGGUGAUGCGGCCGCGGCGUAGUGAUCCRCCRUUAGCGGUGCUGACGCAGGACGACCUGACAGUGGAGGAACUACAGGGGAUCAUCAACGAGACCAGCUACAACGGCUUCCCUGUCAUCGUCUCCAAGGAGUCCCAGAGACUGGUUGGCUUCGCUCUGCGCAGGGACAUCACCAUCGCUAUAGAGAACGCACGGCGGAAGCAGGAGGGUAUCCUGCUGACGUCGCGGGUCUACUUCACGCAGCACGCCCCUACGCUGCCCGCCGACAGCCCGCGGCCCCUCAAGCUGCGYUCCAUCCUGGACAUGAGCCCCUUCACCGUGACCGACCACACGCCCAUGGAGAUCGUGGUGGACAUCUUCCGCAAGCUGGGCCUCCGCCAGUGUCUGGUGACACACAACGGGAUUGUAUUGGGCGUCAUCACUAAGAAGAAUAUAUUAGAGCAUCUGGAGGAGCUCAAGGAACACACGGAGCCCCUGGCGUCUCCUUGGUAUUAUCACAAAAAAAGAUAUCCUUCGUCAUAUGGCCCAGAUGGCCAACCAAGACCCCGACAACAUAAUGUUCAACUAGUCACCGCCUUCCCGGGUCGUCAAGCUGACGAGGAGGAAAGCGAGGAGGAGGUGGUAAACCUACUGGACGGCCGCGGCUCCACCCUAUGACGCACAGCCCACCCCCUCUGGGACACACCACCCCAAAUCCACCUCAAUACUAAACCAGACUGACUGAACCCAAUAGAGCCCUCUAGAGGCCACAGGAAGGAAGAGACAAACAGACUCUAAAAGGACUUUAAAAAUGGCUGCUGUGAGGGACGUUUUGGUCCCUAGGUAGCAGCUACUAUAGGCUGGGGUAUAUAUACACAAGGAAUGCAAUUUUAACACGCACCUCCAUUUACAUACAGAAACAUACAUACAUGAGAUCAGACUCACUCAUACACAGAUGCCACACAAGCAUGCCACUAGCCGAAUUGCACCUCCUUCAAACACACACUCUUCAUGCUCCUUCGUCCUUGUCCUGUUUCUAUUGGCUCACGCUGGCGUACAUUGCUGUGAGCCUGAAGCCUGGCUACCGAGGCAAGAGGUCAGAAUGAUCCGCUAGGAUGCGAGGAGGGACCUUCAGACACCUCGACUGCUGAUUGGCUGUCAGCCCUGCCAGGCUCCACCCCCACCGUGUCCCUCCCUCCCACCCCCCGUCCGUCCUCGAAAGCAUUGUUUACCUGUGAACUCUCUUUGAGCGAGAGAAUGCAUGUGUGCGUUUCACCUCCACGUUCCAAUCAGGUUGUCAUAGUAACCUGAAACAACACUCUCCCACCCUCCCCCCUAAAGGCAUCCGCCUGAUAUUAGACUGGGCGUUGCUCCAAGGUGUAUGUGUGGGUGAGAGAGCGAGAGUGUGUGUGUGUGUGAGAGAGGAAGGAAGAUCAAGGGUACAAGCAGGAUGUACUGGAGUAGUUAGUUAAUGUCUGAGUGUUGUAGUUCAAGAACAAAAUGUCUCUUUCUGAUGUAUGUGAAAACAUUCUGUACAGAAGAGUCCGAUACUCAUCGGUUACAUACCCCCUGUUGAAGUAAAGGGUGAAUAACUCUGUGUGUGUGCGCGCAUGUGCGUACCUUUUUGAUCUGAGCCAGGUAGGCAAUAUGCCAUAGAGGUGUGUGCGCAUAAGUAUCAGAUGAGAAAAGACUUGUCCGUUUCUCCGACAUUGAAGGUGGGCAUAUAAAAAAAAAAAUAGGAACAUUAACUCAAGGUUGCGUUCUGUUACUGGAGAAAAAAAUGUAUCCUUUUUUCUUUUCAAACUAUUACUAAUGCAACUACUUUUAGAGUAUUGAUAUAUACAUAAUCAAGUAACUUUUUACGGCUUGUAAUGAAACAAAGUCAAGACUGGAAAACCACUUUUUUUUUUGAAGUGAACAAAAUAAAUGGAUGAUUAUGAGGAUGUUGAUGGUAAUACUGCACAGUAACCAUGUCUUAGAUAUUUUACUUUGCUUAAUUAAGCUGCCUCAUGGUGUGAGAAAUGUGUCUUGUAUUUUCCACUGGAGCUUAAUCUUUUCUUGCAUAUCUCCUCUGCCUAGUUGUCAGGUUCAACAUGAAAUCUUCUUCGCAUUUGUAGAUUUAAAACAUGAUUUGAAAGGACUGAAAUAGGAGGUACAUUUCAUACAACACUCAAAUGACCAUACCACGUUUUUUGGAGGUGUGCCAGUAACUCCUUUAAACUUCAAUAAAGUCUCUUGUAUAUUUUA